AUGUUGACAUCAUUCGUCAAAUCAACUCCAUUGGACUUGCGAAAACGUCAAGAUACUUCCACCGACUUUAAAAAAUGUAAUGGGGAAUACGCAAUACACCUUACUUCAAUGGAUUAUUCUCCAAAUCCAAUUGUCACGGGUCAAAAUAUCACUGUUCACAUGGUUGGUGAAACGGCCGAAGUCAUUGAAAAAGGUGCAAUAAUGAAGAUUUAUCAUGAUCAUAAAGGAAAGUUCGAGCAUGAACUUGAUUAUUGUAAAUUAUUUGUCGAACCAAGCGGGUUCGUUUGCCCAGUUGAAAAGGGACAUCUCGACUUUACUGCAACUUGGCUUAUAGGGAAACAUCCUUCUGAACCAAAUAAGAUUGUAUCUCCAUUAUAUACGAGAGUCUCCA